AUGGCCGCGGAGGACUUGCGAAGAGCCAGAGAAUCAGGAGAUGAGGAGAAGGUCGAAGGGGCAAAGAAAAAUGUGGAAAAGGCGGAGGAGAAAACCCAGCAGGAGAAGGUGCCAGGCUUGCCAGUCUUCUCUCGUCUCACUGAAGCGGCAGAGCUUCUUGGAAGGCGGCUUUUUCCCGAUGUGCCGCUGAAUGACAGAAAUGCCACGUAUUCUUCAGCUUCUUCAUACAUUGUCGAGUUGGACUUGGGUCCGUUCAACGGAAUACUGGCCCUGCAAAACAAAAACUUGAAGGCAUGGUUUCUAGAUCGUGAACAGGAGGUGCAACUUAUCGUGAAGAAGUUGCUGGACAGAUCAAGCAGAUUGUUUGGCAGAAGAAACUCAGACAAGGCUCACUCCCCAGCCAUCUUGGUGGCACAGGCACCUGGAGCAGGAGAGGAGAUUCCGAUGCUGUACGACCUGGAUGGUAGAAACCAGACACCGAAAGAACUACUCGGCUUUCACCUACAACUCUCGAAUGAACAAACAUUACAUUGA